AAAACCACAUGUAAUUUGCUUUUUAAUUUGACCAAAAAAAAAAGAAAUCUGUGUUAGCAGUUAUGUUUAGUGUAUGCAUAUAAACAACGUGCCGCGUGAUAUUGACAUGUGACUCACAAAUCAAACUUAAUCAAAAUAUUAUUAUACCUGCUAUUCUAUGCUUGGUGGAUUUUAAAUUUGUUUGAGACAACACUAGGAGUGCGUACUGUGUACCUACAGUUUACACAUAAUUGUUAACAGUUUAUAAUUGCGUCGGCAACGGUCGGUUUCAACGCGCUGAUAAUGAUGUCGGUGCGGUUUGUUUAAAAGUCGCGCGACGCCCUUGCACGUUUUUCAUUCGCAUCAGUUCCGCCGAUCCGGUCGCAUAGACGCACGCAUUGAAUUGCUUGAUGAUAGCCGCACGGUUGCCAGCUCUCAACACUUGACGUCCGCACACGGCUAACGACAGAGUUAUUAUCGGCCAUCGACAGACACAACGCAGUCGGGCCGUUGACAUUCGUACGUGAGCUUGGACUUUCGGUGACGUAACAAACGUCGCAUAAUCAUGUUCAACGGUUAUUACGGUUCAACGUCGGAGAGCAGCGACAGCGACGUGCCGCCGAACGGUACGUUGGCCAAGACCAUGGAUCUCAACUACCUGCUGUUGGACUCGCACACGGUGCAGAAACACUUGGAGGACGUGUGCGCGCACAGCCGGCCCGACACCAUCGACACCAUGUUGCUCAACCACAACGCCAUCAUGACCCUGCCGCCGGUCAUCGAGCGAUUCCAACAUUUGCGCGUGCUCGACAUCAGCAACAACCGACUGACGGCCAUACCCGAAUUCGUGGCUCGGCUGCCGCUGCACACGCUCAUCGCCAAGAACAACCUGAUCGACGACGACGGGUUCCCAAAAUCGUUCGAGUCGUCCGUCCACCUCAAAGUGUUGAACGUCAGCGGCAAUCGGCUGUCCCAUUUCCCCGAGCAACUGUUACCGAUCGUCACCCUCGAGUACCUGUACAUGGGCAGCAACCACUUGGUCGAACUACCCAAGGAUAUUAACCGGCUAAUCAGAUUAAAAUUCUUAUGUCUGGGAGGAAAUCACUUAUCCGACGUUCCAGUGACAUUAGGGCAGCUGGACAACAUGAAAGCCUUAAAUCUGAGCGAUAACGCUCUAGAGGGCCUGCCACAGUCCAUCGCCAAUCUCAAACACCUCAAAUCGUUGAUGUUGCACAAAAACCGACUUCGUACACUGCCCAUAGAAAUCAUAUCAUUGAAGUGCCUCUCAGAGUUGAGCCUAAGGGAUAAUCCGCUGGUAGUGAGAUUUGUCAGUGAUAUGACGCACAAUCCGCCGUCUCUUCUAGAACUGUCCGCCAGAACUGUGAAAAUCAACAACGUGCCCUACGGUGAACGGGAUUUGCCUUACAACCUGAUCGAAUACUUAGCCAGUGCCCAUCACUGUGUUAACCCAAAAUGCAAAGGAGUAUUUUUUGACGAUCGAGUGGAGCACAUUAAAUUCGUCGACUUUUGUGGUAAAUAUCGAAUUCCGUUGUUACAAUAUCUUUGUUCGUCCAAAUGUAUUGUCAACCAUAGCAACGCGCACGGCGACAGUACCGAUAGCAACAUGAUGAGGAAGGUAUUGCUUGGAUAGUUUGUCACAAGUCAUCACACACGCUAUUGUUUAUCUAAUGUGUAAUAAUAAUAUACUUGUAUAAAAUUGUGUGUACGUCUGAUUGGUGGUAAAUAUAUACAGAAAAAAAUGUGUUAUUUCAUUAUAUAUUUGAAAAUAGUUAAAUGCUAGAUAACAUUUAAGUGUAUAGACCGAAAACGAUUUUUUUUUUAUCUACGAAAAGAACUGGAAAUAAUUUUAAUGCAUAUUAUUUUAAUAUUUUAAUUGCAUAUUAUUAUUACUAGUAAUAAUAUAGAAUAUACAUUAUACAUAAUAAUAAUAAUACCUAAUUAUAAAUAGUUUAGUUAUUCACA